UCUUCUCCCUUCUUCUUCCUUUCCAGAUAUGGGUUUUCUGAAAUCCACCCCCUUCUCAGUCGCUCACUUAUACACCAACCCUGCACACGCCCCAUCUGUACCAAACCCUCAAACUCUCACACACAGAUCUGUGCCAAACCCUCAAACUUUCCACAUCUGGGUUUUCUGAAACCCACCCCCUUCGCACACACGUGAAACCCUUGCCUACACGCGCCUUCUCUCUCGCCGACCUGACCCAACCCGACGUUGCCUGAAAGCCCUUAACCUCGCCUUCUCCUCCUCAGUUCUUUCGCCCUUUGGAACUUCCUACGCUCGCCAUAUCAGACGAUGCCGGAGAGAUACUCCGGUCGCCAAGAAGAUGGAUCUGUUCGUUUGAGGGGGUUUAUUGAAGAUGAACAGGAGUAAUCCCGUGACUUGGCCAUUGUUGGCCAAAGCCGUGGGUCUCCAUUGCUUGUCUGGGAAAUUGGAAUGAAUUUUGGUAGCUUUAAGUUAUGUUUUUAAGCUUGACUUAAGUGUAAAUUAGCUUGGAUUGGGUUGUGGUGAUUUUGGAGAAAAAUCCCGUGAGACUAGCUAGUGUUUUAGCCAAUUUUGGAAGUUACAGUCACUGUUCACUGCGGAUCACUGUUCAUGGGUAUGUUCAUAGGCACUGUUCACACACCGAGAGCCAAUAAUUAACGGAGAUUUAAAUGUUUAGUUUGUGAUAUAAGAAUAAAUUUGGAGAUGUCCGGUUAUGGGGAGAUGGAUAGAAAUAGCACUGUGAUUAGGGGUAGUGUUGAUGAUGAUUUCAAUUUGAAUUUAUGGUAGUGCGAUAUUAAUUCUUGGAAUAUUGUGAUUAGGUUUUGAUCGUUCUGUCACCGUAGCACUUGGGUUAGCCUUCUGUUCUGUGCGAGUAAGGUUCAAAUUGAUUUUAAAUUGAUUUUUCCAGCAUUUGAGUGUGGUUAAACUGAAAUGAAAAUUGUGAUGAUUUCUAUGAGAAUUUCACUAUUUUUCUGGAAUUGAGCAUGAAUGGAAUAAAAAUGAGGAUUUUAUUGAUUUUCUGAAAUUGAGCAUGAUUGGAAUGAAAAUGAGAAUUUCAUUGUUUUUCUGAAGUUGAGCAUGCCUAUUUGGAAAUUGACUGAACUGUUUUGAUGAACUGAGAGUUUUUGUAAAUUUUGAGUUUUCUGUUAAAUCCAUGCUCACAUGGAGGUUUUCCGGUUGUUUCUGAAAUUGGAGAUUGAUUGUCCUGAUGAUCUGAAAGUGAUUGGUGAAUUAUGUUUUUCUGUUAACUUCAGCCUAUUUUGUCUCCAAUGUGGUCAUGUUUCUGUAAUCCUGCUAGUGGGGGUUAAACGCUAGCACUUGUCGGCACAUGUCGAUAUGUUACUGAUAGAACCGGUUCGUUCCUGUAACCCUGCUAGUGGGGGUUAAACACUAGUAAUUUCUGUUGCCUGUCAGUGGGACGUUUAUAACACUGGCCGUGACCUAUAGAGGAGACGUCUAUUUCGUGCCCGUACUAUAUCUGUUUUCAUGAUUACACUUGUUGGCAUGCUAUGAGUUUAAUUAACGGUUUGUCAUGAAACGUUUUGUUAUUGAACUGAAUCUGAUUUUACAUUGACGGUUUGUUAUUGAAUGCUUUGCAAGUGAACUGAAUCUGAUUUUGUCAUUGAGUGAUUUGUUAUGUUAAACUGGUUAUCAGGCAUGUUAAAAGUUUUUCCCAAGGACUAUCCAUAUUUACUUACUGAGUUAUCUCAUAGUUUUCCUUGUCCACCAUUUCAGGAAGUGAAACUGAGGACGGGGAAACCGAGGGGAGUGACGAGUUAUAAGGCUAGCCAUUUCGAGAUUGAUAUGGAUUUAGAAAUAAAUCAUGCUCUUGUAAGCUAGAUUGUGAUUGGAGAUUUUAUGAUAUCAGAGCAUAUUGUAAAAUUUUAUCUUGAGAUUUUGUGGUAUCAGAUUGUGAUUUGAAUAAGUUCCGAGCCUUGUG